UAAUCACACAGUCUUAGUUUUGACGUGGCUUUCGCAAUUGAAUCUGUCAGUAUGGCCGGCCAACAUUCUCAUGCACAGUGGCCAUUCUUUUAAAUGGGGGCAGUCAAAUAUUCUGCUGCAAGCAGGUUUUUUCUCCUACUUCGAGCGGGCAUGAAGCCUUUUCGGAAGAAGUAUUUCAACAAUUCGGUGAUUUUGAGCAUACAGGUCUACGUCAGUUUGUGUGUAUUUACUUGUAUUCUGUGCUUCCGCGUCUUGCCCGAACGAUAUUUUGAAUGGAGUUCGCGGCGACUCUGCCUUUCCGCCGCUGGGUCGAGUUCAAAAUCCGGCGUAAAACUAGCCGCGGGCCACACGCGCGGUUAUCAACAAGUAUAUGAUUUGUUUCUCUUCAACGAUGAGUUGGAUAUGCUCGAAAUCCGCAUAAACGAACUGAAAGAUGCGGUCGACUACUUCGUGGUUGUGGAAGCACGGGUUUCGUUCACGAAUAUGCCGAAGCCGUUGCACUUUUCCGAAAAUAAAGACAGGUUCAACGCUGUCUCUUCAAAGAUAGUGCACAUAAUUUUGGAUGUUUUGAGCGGGAACAGCACGUGGGAAAGGGAGGCAUCACACAGGAACGCUUUACUUGACCUCGGUUUACAUCAGCCUGGGAAAGAGGUUCGACGUGGUGAUAUAGUUAUCAUGAGCGACGUCGACGAGAUCCCACGCUCUGCAGUAAUCGUGGCGAUGAAGAAAUGUCCCGAAAUUCAUGGUCGCGUGGUUGUCUUAGAACUUGGUCUUUUCUACUAUUCAUACCUUACCCGUGCGCGAGAACCGUGGAGUGUGCCGAUGGCGUUGCAACAUCCGGGUCCAAAUGUGUCUUUAAACUCUACUCUUUUGCGGAAAACAAAUACGAGCGCGACUGAAGUAGUUAGGUUUCGGAACGCCGGUUGGCACUGUUCGUACUGCUUUUCGACACUUGCGUCGUUUCGUAACAAAAUGCAAAGUUUUUCUCACGAGGAAUACAACUUGCCCGAGUAUUUUGAAAAAGAUCAUGUGGUGCGCUCAGUGCAAGCCGGCGUUAGCUUAUUCGAUCAUCUUGAGCCGGAUUAUUUCAAACAGCUACAGAGACCAGAUGCUCCGAGGUUUGUCCGAGAGCACGCGCGCAGGUUUCAGUACCUAUUAAACCGACGUUCGAAGAACGCGGGGCUCUCUGACAUACCAACUGUGAAUUAAACUGGGAACUAUCUGGUAUCGCAGAUGAAGAUAUUAUUGGGUUGUUGUACGCGCACGAGUUCCGCCUUGUCGGAAACCAAACCUUACCCUGUGCGAAUGAACAGGAAAUGCACAACAAGAGUCGUGUCUAGACUCUCACUAGCUAAUAACUUGUUAAGUCUAGUCUAAAUAUAUCAUUGCCUUCGAACUAAAAUACAAUCA